AUCUGCAUCAUAAAGACUGAUUGCUCCUUCAACAACCCCCGACCCUCGCGACUCUGCCACGCCCGAAUCCUCACCAUCCUGCAGCGGACUCAUCAAGCGCCACGAACCAUCACCCCUCAUUGACCUCCUGUUCCGCUGUAUCUCGUCACCCCGGCUGCCUGUGCCACCUCUGAUCCCUGCUAUCGCUGCCAACCAAAAUGGUCGACAGUGAAGCGAGCUCACCAACCUGGAAGUUUACCCAAUGCUUCGGCGACAAGGGCGAUGUUGAGGAUAUCACCGAAGCCGACAUCAUUUCAACGGUAGAGUUUGACCACACAGGCAACUACCUUGCUACCGGCGACAAAGGAGGGCGAGUGGUUCUAUUUGAACGAAACGAGACGAAAAAAUCUUGUGAAUACAAAUUUCACACCGAGUUUCAAUCCCAUGAGCCUGAAUUUGACUACCUGAAGUCUCUCGAGAUUGAGGAGAAGAUCAACAAGAUCAAGUGGUGCCGCCGACAGAAUGCUUCCCAUUACCUCCUAUCAACCAAUGACAAGACGAUCAAGCUGUGGAAGGUAUUCGAGAAGUCUCUGAAGGUUGUGGCGGAGAACAAUCUUUCUCACGAUGUAACGCCUGGCGGUCCGGUGGGCGGAGGCGGUGGCCUUCGAGCUCUCCCCACGACCCAGCAGUUCAGGAAUGCGGCCGAUCUCAAAUUGCCUCGCCUCACACACCACGAUACUGUUGUUGCCGCCGUCCCCAGACGAACCUACGCAAACGCCCACGCGUACCACAUCAACAGCAUAUCCGUAAACAGUGAUGGCGAAACCUUCAUUAGCAGUGACGAUUUGCGGAUCAACCUCUGGAACCUCAAUAUCCAAGAUCAGAGCUUCAACAUCGUUGACAUCAAACCCGCCAAUAUGGAGGAGCUGACCGAGGUGAUCACUGCCGCUGAGUUCCAUCCAAUCAGCUGCAACUGGUUCAUGUAUGCCAGCUCAAAGGGUACCAUCAAACUUGCUGAUAUGCGAGAGAGUGCAUUGUGCGACCAACACGCAAAAUUAUUCGAACAAGAAGAAGACCCUUCAUCUAGAUCGUUCUUUUCCGAAAUUAUCUCGUCAAUAUCGGAUGUGCGAUUCUCCUAUGAUGGAAGAUACGUCUUAUCUCGAGAUUAUCUCACUGUCAAGAUCUGGGACAUCAACAUGGAGCGGCAGCCUGUCAAGACGAUACCCAUUCACGAGCAUCUGCGACCUCGACUAUGCGAUACGUACGAAAACGACAGUAUUUUCGACAAGUUUGAGGUCGUCUUUUCCGGUGACGCCAAGAAUGUCAUGACUGGAAGUUACAACAAUAACUUCAUGAUCUAUCCUUCCGAUCCUGAUAAGGAGGUGGAAGUGGUUCUCCAGGCGGACAAGUCAGCUUUCAAGGCAAAGAAGGUGGGUGUCCCUACACCCAUUAACUCAUCCACAAGCCCCACAGCUGCGAAUGGUGGUAAGAAGGGAGGUUCAAGAGCAGGCAGCCCAGCUGGUGGUGCCCAGGGUCAGAGAAUGCGGAAAGAGACGGACGCGGACCAGAUUGACUUCAAUAAGAAGAUACUACACAUGAGCUGGCAUCCAUUUGAGGACAGUAUUGCUAUAGCCGCAACCAACAAUCUCUUUGUAUUUUCAGCACUGUAGCCACAGGUAGAAAUUUUGGAACACUGAAGAGCACCUAAACGCAGUACCACCUCAAGGGUUGUAUAUGGUAGUCAAUACUAAGGAGUACCUAACAGUGAAUCAAUGUCCUAAUUAUACUUGGGCAAGAAACAUAAGAGAAUUAUAAAUAUAGUAU